AUGGCCGUGGAGCGCGACGACGACGACAAGUCCCAGUCCGUGGCUUCGGUUACCAGGAAGAGGAAGAAGAAGAAGACGACGACGAAGAAGAAGGGGCUUGCCGAGGUCCGGACGGCGUACCGCGGCGUGCGGCGACGGGGCGGCAAGUACAGGGCGCAGAUCUGGGACGGCAAGUGCCAAACCACGGCGUGGCUCGGAAGCUUCGACACCGCCGAGGAGGCCGCCAGGGCCUACGACGCGGCGGCCAUCGCGCUGCACGGCGCCGCGGCGGCUGCGGCCAUGACCAACUUCAAGAGUCCCGCGGCAGCGGCAGCGGCGCCGGCUGCUCCUCUUGCCGAUGCCGACAUCGACGCGCACGUGCACGGGAUCGGCCCGAAGAAGGAGGCGCCGGUGCCAGUGAUGGACUCGAAGAGCGUCCAGGGCGGGAGGGAGGCGGCGGCGGCGCCGAGGCCGGCUAAGUCGACCCCUCGCUCUGGGUUCCGCGGCGUGUACCAGAGUUCCACCGAGCGAUGGCUCGGCACCUUCGACGCAGCCUUGGAGGCCGCCGGAGCCUACGACGAGGCGGCCGUCGGGCUCUACGGCGCGAGGGCUAUCACCAACUUUGAGCAACCACCGCCCACGGCCGCUGCCAAUGGCGGCGCGGAAGAGCCGUCGCCCAUGCACCUGCUCAACGACUUCCCGGAGCUGACGGCGCCAGACUUCUUGGAAAGCCUCAUCCCAGGCCCGCAGGACCACGAUCUCUUGACCGACUUGCCGCCGGAGGAGUGGCAGCAGCAGGUCCACGAGCUCCUCCAUGGCAUGGAUAUGGUGGCUUAA